AUGGAGGCUCCCGGAUCCAUAGAUGAUCUUGAAAUUCAACAUGAAGGAUACGUCAAACAAGCCAUGGGAUAUAUAGGCGGGAUUCUGGGACAAAUUCAAAUCGAGCUUGAGAAACAUUUAUCUGACGGUAUCAAAGCUCACAAGGACCCACGACUACCAGAAAUUGAGAGACCAACUCCAAGCAUAUGCUCGGGAGAAAGAGAAGCAUCCGACAAUAGCGGCCGCGAUCAAGCAGCAUUGCAACUAAUCCAAGCAAAAAGGAGAAUCCAAGAACUAGAAGCAGAGGUCAGGAACCUCCGGGCUCGGUCUAACCUAGCACAAGCUAAUCCGCCCCCUCAAAAUGUACAAGCGCUGAAUAAUGAGAUCACAAGACUCACAGAGCAUAACGCGGAACUGCAAGAGGAGGUUGAUGCUUGUGCGCAACGGCUUGAAGCGGCGAAGCAGGAGAGUAAUAGAUUUUUCAGGUACAUUAUAUCAUCAAAGGCCCGGCCAAUACAUAUGGAUAAUUUCUUCGUGCUCAAUUUCAACAAAUUGUGGCGGAAAACCCAACAGAUUGGCCACCUACUUAAGGAUUCCGACCAAAGACCGAGGGAAAUAGAAGGACGUCAACGAACACCAAGAGAUGUGUUCUUGAGCAGUAUUUGGGGUCAUAAGAAUUUAGGUCCGGAGGAAAUUAGAAACAGAAAUAUAACGGCCGUGUUUGAAUUCUUGAAUGACAAGAUUCUUCUGAAGCCUGCAUUUGAUCUUGACGAUGAAGAUGGUAGUGGAGCUAUAGAAAAAGCACUUGUGGAGUUUGAGACAAGGGUGCAAAACUCUCCUGAAGGUAGUCACCCUCUUAAAUCUGAUAUUAUUGAAUGGAGAAAAUUCACAAUAGGGUGUGCGAAACGACUACAAACGAAGAAUCGCGGAACAAAAAUAAAUGCUUUGGUGGCAGCUCUGUGGAAUUUCUUAGAACCCUUACGAGUAGCCGAUAACAGCCCUCAAAAUAUCAACCAAAAUCGAAAAUUAAGGAAACAGAUAUUGGAGUUGUGUACAGAAAGCUUUCAUUUAAGCCAGCUUAUGAGAGUUGAGCCUAAUUCUGAGUUUGAGAUCGUGGUCCCGCAGCCAGGAAGCCAAGUGCCGGAUGACCCUGAAGAAGGUACCAGACCUGUAGAGCCAUAUGCCGAAGAGGGAGGAUAUCCCGCACAGCUUGCUGGCACUGUUGCUUUCACGCAAUUUGGAGGAUUAACGAGGAUUAACCAAAUAUCGGGGGGGGGGGGGGGAGUUGUUCUGGUAUCAACAUGGGUGACCCUGAAAGCUGCAUGA